AUGAGGUUAGUGGAAAGGUACUACACUAAAUUAUUCACCUCCGAAGGGGACAGAAACUUGGAAGAGUGUGUAAGAGACAUACCAAAAAGAGUUACUAGAGAGAUGAAUGAGGAGCUAAUGGCAAAAAUUAAAGAUGAGGAAAUAAGGGAGGCUGUUUUCAGUAUGGGAGGGCUGAAAGCUCCAGGGCCAGAUGGUUUAAAUGGGCUUUUCUUCCAACAACACUGGGAGAUCUUAAGCAAAGAAGUCUGUGGAGUAGUGAAGCAAAUUUUUGAAGAAGGAUGUAUACCAGGGGAUUUAGGGGAAACUACUGUUGUUUUGGUGCCCAAGGUUAGCCAACCUGAAAGCCUAAAUCAGCUCAGACCAAUAAGUUGCUGCAAUUUUGCAUAUAAAAUAGUAACUAAGGUCCUGGUGGGAAGGCUAAGGAAAGUGUUAGAUCAAAUCAUAUCUCCAGUUCAGAGUGCAUUUGUCAAAGGAAGACUCAUACAAGACAAUAUAAUUAUAGUGCAAGAAGCUUUUCAUAUGCUAAAUAAAAAAGGAAACGCUGGAAGUCAGGACCUAGCGAUAAAAUUGGACAUGAAUAAAGCCUAUGAUAGAUUGGAGUGGAAUUUUAUGCAAAGGGUCAUGGAAGAACUUGGAUUUAGUAAUGAAUGGGUGAGGCUGGUUAUGAGCUGUGUUAAAAGCGUCACUUACAGAUUUAAAAUAAAUGGGAAGCUAUCCAGUAGAAUUACCCCACAAAGAGGACUUAGGCAGGGAGACCCAUUAUCACCAUACCUCUUCAUUUUGGCAGCUGAAAGCUUCACUAUUCUGAUGGAAAAGGCGAGAAGGGAUAGGCUGAUUUCUGGAAUAAGAUUAGCUCAAUCUGCACCGGUCAUCACUCAUUUGUUAUUUGCUGACGAUUGCAUAAUUUUUGCAGGUGCGGAAGAGGAGGAGAUAUUUCAACUAAUCCAGAUUUUAAACAAAUACACGGAGGCAUCAGGACAAAGAAUCAACAUUGAAAAAUCCGGGCUAAUCUUUGGAAGCCAAGUAUCUAUACAAAAGAGGGUGAACAUAGAAGAGAUAACUGGAAUGGCGUCAUGGGAUGAUCCAGGAAGAUAUUUAGGGCUGCCUGCAAGAUGGGGAAGAUCCAAAAAUAGGGCGUUGGAGUGGAUAAAGGAGAAAAUACUUGACAAAAUGCAAGGAUGGAAAGAGAAGCUGCUAAACCAAGCUGGAAAGGAGAUUUUGAUAAAAGCAGUAAUUCAAGCGAUCCCGGCUUUUGCUAUGAACAUCAUCAAAUUCCCAAAAUCAUUCUGCAGAGAAAUCGAGGCUGCAAUAGCGAGAUUCUGGUGGGCAAACAAUGGGAGGGAAAAAAGUAUCCAUUGGAAAAGCUGGAAAAAGUUGACUAAGAGUAAAACAAACGGAGGCUUAGGGUUCAAGGAUUUGGAGUGUCAAAACAUUGCGCAUCUAGCGAAACAGACUUGGAGGCUGCUAAAAGAGGGGGAAGCUAUUUGGGCAAAGACGCUAAAAGCAAUUUAUUACCCUAAUUGUAGCUUAUGGGAAGCGAAAGAAGGAAGAAAUGCGUCAUGGAUAUGGAAAAGCUUGUUGGAGGGAAGGGAUUUUAUUAGGAAGAAAGGAAGAUGGAGCAUAGGGAGUGGAAUGGAAAUAGAUAUAUGGGAGGAUAAUUGGGUGGCAGGAAUUGGGAAAUUGAGGAGAUAUGGAGAAGAACAAGUCAGAAAAGUGAGUGACCUUAUAAAGCAUGGAGAGGGCUGGAAUGAAAACAGAAUCAGAGAAAUAUUUCCGGGGAACAUAGCAGAAUCUAUCACAAGAACACCUAUAAGCCUGAUUAACAAAAAGGAUAAUCUGAUCUGGCCAUACACAGCCGAAGGACAUUACACAGUGAAAUCAGGUUACCGGGCUGCGAAAGAGGAGAAAGAUGCAAAAGAAGAGGAAAAAUUAAAUGAAGCUUCAUCAAGUCAGAAUCACAGGGAGAUUUGGGGGACUAUAUGGAGACUACCAGUGCCACAAAAGAUCAGAAUGUUCCUAUGGAAAGCAGUGGAAGGUAUUCUACCAGUAAAUAGCAAUUUGUACAAGCGCAGAUGUGCAGUUAAGCCUUCAUGUAGCAUAUGCCAGGAUGAGAAUGAAACUGUCGAACAUGCCUUACUCUUAUGUCCGUGGACGAGGGCGGUUUGGUUCGGAUCAAGUAUUCAAAUAACACCUACAGCCUAUAAUGUGGCAUCGUUUGGAAGAUGGAUAUGGGAUACAGUACAGAAAAUAAGAAGGGAGACAGGGAAGGACCAGGAAAGGAUACUAUGUAAGCUGGGGUGUGUGUGUUGGUACAUUUGGAAGACAAGAAACCAAUACAUAUUCCAGCAAGCAACAAUCAACCCAAAACAGGCAAUAAUCAAUGCAGAACAACUAGCAGCAGAAUACCACAACACAACAAGCGGCAGUAGCACACAACAUAAUUCAAGCAAAGGCAGGAUUGGGGAUAAGAAGAGAAUUACCUGGAGACCCCCACCACAAGACAGGUUGAAGGUUAAUACUGAUGCAGCGUUCCAGAAAGAUACAGGUAAGGCAGCUUCAGGCGUCGUCAUUAGGAAUUGGCAGGGCAAGUUCAUUACUGGGACAACAACAAAAUUUACCACAACUUCAGCAAUAGCAGCAGAAGCUCAGGCAUACAGAGAAGCUCUAAUACUAAUAAAGAAUUUACAAAUAGAAAAUUGUAUAAUUGAAACAGAUUGCUUACAACUGGUCCAAGCUGUCAAGGCGAGAACGCCAAUAGCGGAAGCAGACGCAAUUCUCAGAGACAUUCUGCAAUUGCUUGAAGAGGCGCCAACUGUAGGAGCUACCUGGACUCCAAGGGAAGGCAACACAGUAGCUCACCAAUUGGCAGCGAUGGCAUUGGGGAAUGUUCUCACGAGCCAGUGGACUUACAAUAUGCCUAAUCCAGUUAGAAAUUCAAUUAGAACAGAAGCCACAUUCGCAAUUUCUCACCAUAAUCAAUUGCCGCAAAUUCAACAGGUUGGGCAUUCGUCCCCUACCAAUCAGCAAAGAAUACAUAAAGAACGGGACAUACCUCUGAGGGGAGGAAUGGAUACACGAGACAUGCAUCAAGCUGAACGGGCAGAGAAGCACCAACCCAAUGCGGCGCAGGGGCGAACCAUGGAGAGGAGCAACCACAGUGGCAGAGUUGAGGGAGCAGAUCGACGAAGGAGUGCAGAUGGCUAUGAUCCAUGGCGGAAAGGUUCAAGGCAGAGGAUUGUUGAGGCCGAGACAACCCACCCAGAAGACCCACCGCGGUUACUCCAAAAACGGCGGCAGUAUCGGACGGAUGAGGAGAAUAUACAUGAAUGCUCCAGACAACAAGAAACUCGACUUAUCAUCUAUGUCUUGUAA